AUGGAAGCGAAUACUAAGUCUGAUAUCACCAACAUUUCAACACAGAGAUCUGGCCUAGGAACCAUUCUUAAUUUUUUCAAGCUCAUAUAUGGACUUGUAAAAUCUGUUGUUGGAUUAAUGUUUAUAUUGACGCUUUAUUCUGUUAUUGGGGCUUAUAUUUUCUUGGCUAUUGAAUCGUCUAAUGAACAGGUUCAGAAGAACGAAAUUAAGUUUGAAAGACAAGGACUGAUAAUGGUCUUAAAAAAUAUGACCUUUUCAGAAAAUACGACUGACAAUGAAGAUCAGCUAAAUAAAUUGCUCAUAAACUAUGAAACAAACGUUAUAAAUGCGUACAGAAAUGGAAUGACUGCUUCAUCAACUGGUGUCCAAUGGCAUUUUCAGUCUGCCGUAUUUUACUGUUUAACAGUAUAUACUACCAUAGGUUAUGGAUGCAUCGUUCCUGUUACAUCACUUGGUAGAUCUGUAACAAUUGUCUAUGCCUUGAUUGGGAUACCACUUGCAUUGGUUAUCUUAGCUAAACUUGGGAAAAAGUUCACAUGGUGGAUUAAAUUUAUGUUCGCAUUGGGCUGUAAGAUUUUCAGAAAGACUUGUGGAAGAUGUAACAAGGUGGUAGACAGUGGAGGAACGGAAUUUAAAGACGUCCCGAAUGGCACCGAAGUCAGACCUGGAGUAAAAGUAUAUUUCGGUUUUGAAUUAGACACGGAAUUUAAUCUGAAUCUUUUCUGGGCAUUGUUGGUUUCAUUAGCGUAUAUAUUUCUUGGCGCAGUGAUGUAUUCGCAUCUUGAGAACUGGACCUAUCUUGAAGCAGCAUAUUAUAUAUUUAUAUCUAUAAGUACAAUUGGAUUCGGUGAUCUUGUUUCUACAAAUAGAGAUUAUUUCGUUCUUUACUCAAUAUACAUAUUCUUUGGACUUUCGUUAAUAUCAAUGUGCAUUAAUGUUGCAAUUGAUGUUCUAACAAAGCAAAUUCAAAAAGCGAAAAUCCAAAGGGAAAAAAUUAAGGAAAAAUUGAGGGGGAGACGAAUUGAACGAGGUAAAGCGAUUGCAAUAGACAAAUGA